UAAAACAUCGUUCGACCUUACAUCAUGCGAAGAAUCUAAGCAGGCGUGAGUUGAGUUGCCAAGAGUAUCUCGAGUCGGGGGUGGGUAAGCUGUUGAAAUGGAGAAUUGGGGGUUUCUCAGUUGCAGUGUGUGAAGUGUGUUAAAACGAUCAGGGCAUGAGUUAAAAAUAAAACUUGUUAAUUACCGCAAUGACGUGAAUAAUAAUCGUUCAAAAUGAAUUUCGGAAAUAAGUUGCGUUGCGUGAAAAAUCGCUGUUUUUCUGGGUCGUCCGGAUUAUUAUCUUCAAACUACCACGUAACACCAUGUACCCCGAUGUUAUCUCAGGUCCCGAAAAAAGCAAGAGUUGUGAUAUGUGGGGGUGGAGUUAUGGGGGCUGCAGUAGCUUACCAUUUAGCAGAAUUAGGCUGGGGCGAGUCGACUGUACUUGUAGAACAAGGACGGUGUGGGGGUGGAACCACUUGGCAUUUAUCAGGACUAGUUGGUGUAUUUAAGCCAACUUUGACCCAAGUGAAACUUGCGAAAUCUAGUAUUCAGCUGUACAAAAGUAUGGAAGGAAAAGGUUUGAAGACUGGAUGGAAGGAGUGCGGUAGCUUAUGUGUUGCUCGAACGAGGGAUAGAAUGACAGUGUACAGACGGAUGAAGGCCCAAUCUGUGGCUUGGGACAUAGAAUGCUCUCUUGUUACACCGGAAGAAAUUAAGGAAUUAUGUCCUCUUCUUGAAGUAAGUGACCUGUAUGGUGGUCUUUGGAUCCCAGGAGAUGGCGUAGGGGAUCCCUUCCAAAUAUGUCUUUCUCUUAUAUCGUCAGCAAAAGAGAGGGGUGUAUCUGUGAUUGAAGAUUGUUCUAUACUUCAAGUGUUCAAUUCAAACGGAAAAGUUUCUGGAGUCGAAACAAACCAAGGGUAUAUUGAGUGCGAUUAUUUUGUGAAUUGUGGUGGAUUUUGGGCUAGACAAAUUGGCAAAAUGAGUGAACCAUUUGUGAAAGUUCCACUACAUGCUUGUGAACACUAUUAUCUUCAUACUAAACAAAUUCCUGGUUUGGAUCCCAUGACUCCAGUAAUACGAGAUCAAGAUGGUCACAUCUACUUCAGAGAAAAUGAAGGGCGACUUAUGGCGGGCGGUUUCGAACCAGUCGCGAAACCUGCGUUUGAGGAUGGAAAUAUCCCAGAGACAUCAGAAAAGCGAAUCCUGCCAGAAGACUGGGACCAUUUCCACGUUUUACUGGAGCAAAUGCUCCAUCGCUUGCCCAGCUUAGGAGACGCCGUGCUGGAACGGCUUUGUAACGGCCCCGAAGCCUUUUCACCCGACUGCAAGUGGAUCGUGGGAGAAGCCCCAGAGAUUCAGAACUACUUUGUAGCUGCAGGAAUGAAGACUAUUGGAAUAUCUGCUGCAGGAGGAGUUGGUAGAGCUACAGCAGAAUUGAUUGUAAAUGGUUAUUCUCUCUAUGACAUGUAUGAAAUUGAUAUUAGCCGAUUCCUUGGUCUACAUAAUAAUAGAAAGUUUUUAAGAGAUCGUGUAAGAGAAGUACCAGGUCUACAUUAUGGACUUAUGUACCCUUUUUAUGAGUUCCACACUGGGAGGAAUCUUCGUAUGUCGCCAAUAUAUCCAAAACUGAAAGAAUCUGGUGCUAUCUUUGGUCAGGUGAUGGGUUAUGAACGGCCUGCAUGGUUUGAAGUGAACGCUCAAGAGGCUCAAAGACCCACAGAAAAUAAAAGUUUACCAUUUCGAAUUGCUCAUACCAAUACUUUUGGCAAACCUGAUUGGUUUGACUAUGUAGCUGAGGAGUAUUCUGCUUGCAGAGAAAAGAUUGGUCUGAGUGACUACUCAUCAUUUACAAAGAUUGAUUUAUGGUCUAAGAAAACAGAAGUAGUUGACACUUUACAGUACUUAUGUUCGAAUGAUGUGGACAUACCCAUAGAAGGUAUAAUUCAUACGGGUAUGCAGAAUGAAAGAGGAGGUUAUGAAAAUGAUUGCAGUUUGGCGAGAUUGGCUGAAAAUCAUUACAUGAUGAUAGCACCAACAAUCCAGCAAAAUCGCUGUAAAUCUUGGAUUCAAAGACAUCUCCCAUCUGAUGGAUCGGUAGUUAUGACUGAUAUAACAUCCAUGUACACAGCAAUAUGUGUAAUGGGCCCUUUUACAAAACAACUUCUUUCAGAACUUACCGAUACGGAUUUAAGUCCUUCUUCAUUUCCAUUCUUCACAUUUAAGGAAAUAGAUGUUGGACUUGCUAAUGGAGUCAGAGCUAUGAAUUUGACUCAUACAGGUGAACUUGGAUAUGUUCUUUACGUUCCUAAUGAGUUUGCUCUCCAUGUAUAUUCAUGUCUGAUUGAAGCUGGUAAAAAGUAUGAACUCAAGCAUGCUGGCUAUUAUGCAAUGAGGGCUCUGCGAGUGGAGCGGUUCUAUGCCUUUUGGGGCCAGGACUUGGAUACAACAACAACACCUUUAGAAUGUGGCAGAUCUUGGCGUGUGAAAUUUGAUAAAGAUAUUGAUUUCAUUGGAAGAAAAGCUUUACUGAAGCAGCGAGAAGAAGGUGUACACAGAAUGUAUAUUCAGUUGUUACUUCAAGAUCAUGAUCAUGAAAUUGAUUUGUGGCCAUGGGGAGGUGAACCAAUAUACCGUAAUGGUAAACAAGUUGGCAUUACCACCACAACUGGAUAUGGCUUUACCUUUAAAAAACAGAUUUGUUUAGGAUUCGUUCAGAACUUUGAUGAAAAAGGACAACUUCAGCCUGUUACACAUGAUUUUAUUCUGUCUGGAGAUUAUGAAGUUGAUAUUGCUGGGCUCAGAUAUCAAGCAAAAGUCAAUAUUCAUUCACCUAACCUGCCCACUCAAUAUCCAGACAAAGAAAGAGGAGCCUACAGAGCUACUAGAGAUGCAUCUGCAUGAGAUCAUCAAUAUCAUCCCUGUUUUUUCUAGAGAGUAAAAUUAUUAACAAGUUAAUUGUAAAUAUUAAGUUUUUAAUUAAGAAAUAAUUUGAAUAGUAAUAUUGAAUUCACAAUACUUUGUUCAAUGAGUUUUAAGUACUUUACUAAAAACUGUCUAAAAAUUGGUUACACGUUCAUCAAAGCUGUUUCCUAUAACAUCAUGGUCUUCCAUUUUGUAUUGGGCAACUACUUAGAGCAACUAACGCAACUUUGUUCUAUCUAGGAAUGAAAUUAAUUUCUCAUUCAAAUGUAAAUAAUGUGAAUAAUUAAAAUAAUUUUUCAUACAUUUUCAAUGUAAAUGUAGUAUGUCUUCCUUGGAAGACAAGUUUCAUUGAGAAGGAUAUUGCUAAACUUAAAUAACAGUUGUCAUUAGCAAUUAUUAGUGUAAUACUUGUACAUAUGUAAAAAAAAAGUAUCAUGAAACAAAUUAAAAAUGUGUGAUUAAAAUGUAUUUUUCCAUUC